UUCCAUGAUUCAUUCUUGGCAAACAAGUAUUGCACAUGUAUAAAUACCCCAAACCCAGAAGCAACUAAACCAUAUGAACAAUCUCAGUCUCAGAUUAAAACUAAUCCAACCAAACCGCACACAUUCUCAAGGCAAAAAUGGCAGAUUCCAAUGUAGUUCUGCUGGAUUUCUGGCCAAGCUCUUACGGAAUGAGAGUGAAAAUCGCUUUGGCAGAGAAGGGUAUUUCGUAUGAGUGCAAGCAAGAAGAUUUAGAAGCUAAAAGCUCUCUGCUUCUAGAGAUGAACCCCGUUCACAAAAUGAUACCAGUUUUGAUUCAUAAUGCAAAACCCAUCUGCGAGUCACUGAAUAUUGUUGAGUACAUUGAUGAGACAUGGAAACACAAAUCUUCUCUGCUUCCCUCAGACCCAUACAAGCGAUCCCAAGCCAGGUUUUGGGGCGAUUACAUUGACAAAAAUGUAUACAAUGGUGUGAAGAGGGUAUGGACGGGGAAGGGUAAAGAGCAAGAAGAGUGGAAGAAAGAAUUGAUAGAAUGUUUGAAGAGGCUGGAAGAUGAACUUGGAGACAAGGCAUAUUUUGGUGGUGAAGAGUUUGGGUAUGUGGAUGUGGCUCUUGUUCCUUUCACUAGCUGGUUUUACACUGUUGAGACGUUUGGGAAACUAAGCAUUGAAGAUGAGUGUCCAAAACUUGUGGCUUGGGCCAAAAGGUGCAUGCAGAAAGAGACUGUGGCCUCAUCACUCCCUCACCAUCAACAGAUCUAUGCUUUUGCCCUGCAAUAUAAACACAGACAUGGAAUUCAGUAGAUACAUACAUGUCGUCUGUUAUUACUAUUACGUUGUAAGAAGUAUAUGUAGUACGGAAAAUGAUAUUUUAACACCAUUUUUUGACACCAUUUUGACAGUGUACACGUGUCA